UGUUUUUCCUUUCAAAUCUAACUAUUUUCUCGAGGAUUUUCUCACCAUACAAACAAUCAUAUUUUGUAUUAUUUGAUUUCUAAAAAAACUUAAUUUCUCAUUGCCUACGAUUAAUUCUUUACCAAUCAAAACAUACAUCUCUAGUUCCUCUUCGAAACCCGACAAGGCACCGACAUCGAUAUCGAUAUCGGUAUCAGCAUCUUUGUUGGAAUGGAUGAGACGGAAUUGAAAAGGGUUUUCCAAAUGUUUGACAAGAACGGAGAUGGAAAGAUUACGAAGAAAGACUUGAUCGAGUCAUUGGAGAGCUUGGGUAUCUUUAUUCCCGAAGGUGACUUAAUCCAAAUGAUCGAAAAAUACGACGUCAAUGGCGACAAUUGCAUCGACUUCGACGAGUUCGGUGAGUUGUAUCAAUCCAUCAUGAGUGAUAAAGAUGAAGAGGAAGAUAUAAAGGAAGCGUUUAAGGUUUUCGAUCAGAACGGAGAUGGUUACAUUUCCGUCGAUGAAUUGGGGUCCAUUUUGGUCUCUCUAGGGCUCAAACAAGGGGAAAAGGCCGAGGAUUGCAAGAGGAUGAUAAUGCAAGUGGAUGCAGACGGUGAUGGUAGGGUUAAUUUUAGCGAAUUCAAACAAAUGAUGAAAGGAGGCGGUCUCAGUGCAUUAACUUGACAAAGGGGUCAUUAAUCUCCGACAAAUCAAUACAAUCUUUGUCUUCGGCUUCGACUGCACCAACCAAUUGAUUGUUGCCAACUGUCACUCGAACUCGUAGUACGGAAAUCUAUAUGAGGGUGCAAUGGGAUAGGUGAUGUUCCUUUUUAGGGGUUGUAAAAUUUGAUUUGGGAUAGUGUAUAAGUGUAUAUUGAUAUAUAAUAUGUUUAUUUAAAAUGAAA